AUGCUGAAAGCUUCUGGAAGGAUUAGAGGAUGGUCUUUAGAGUUUGAAGGAGGUGAAGCUUCUAGAGAAGUGAUUCUCAUAGCACAGAGCGUACCAAAAGAUGGAAGGUUGCAGUCAUAUGUACAGACUGGUGCUCCGGGGUGGCUCAAGUACAGGCGUGGGUAUGAGAACAUGGUUUCCUCUGCAUAA